GUAAUACGUCCUCUCGUUGGCAGCGCGGGGAUUACUACGUCUUUUUCAAAUAACCUCCGUUUUUGGGCACGUUCGGGGCUCCCAACUCGAGAGUCGUUGAAACAGUGGCGGGAAUUACUCAUCGCUGUGUCAAAAAGAGAACCCUAAUUUCCCGACAAUGUCUUUCCUCGAAGAGUUUCAAGCUAAUCUGGAAUCUCUGCCAAAUAUGCUACAGCGGAAGUAUGCAUUAUUGCGCGAUUUAGAUAAAAGUUUACAUGAUAUCCAACAGCAAAAUGAACAACAUUGUGAACAAGAAAUAGAGGAUAUUAGAAGGGGUGUUAGGUCUGGUAAUAUUACACCAGAUACUUCACUUGUAAGAUUUUCAGAUGAGGUGCUUGAUGAGCAAAACCAUUGCAUGAGGAUCGCAGAUGAAAAGGUUGCCUUGGCUGUUCAAGCAUAUGAUUUGGUAGAUACACAUAUUCAACAACUUGAUCAAUAUUUGAGAAAAUUCGAUGAAGAGCUUCGACGGGAAAGAGAAACUGUUGAUGCAACUGGGUUGCAUGCUUCAGAUCUCAACAGUAGCUUGAAAUCUGGAAGGGGCAGUGAAAGUGGCAAAGGAGGGCGUAAAAAAACACGCCUAGGGUCAGCAACAGCAGCUGCAAAUCCAACUAGUAUGGAUUUGGAUUUACCUGUGGAUCCAAAUGAACCCACAUACUGUCUCUGCAAUCAAGUUAGCUAUGGCGAGAUGGUUGCAUGUGAUAACCCAGAUUGCAAGAUAGAAUGGUUCCAUUAUGGUUGUGUUGGUCUGAAAGAACAGCCCAAAGGAAAAUGGUUUUGUUCGGAUUGUAUUGGCAAGCGGCGGAAAGGAAAAUGAGAGGGAAGAGGAUUAUUUCGGAACCUGUGAAAUAGGAAACAUCUUUAGUCUGAACUCUGAAUUAUGAUAAUUUACUCUCACACAACUUUUUGUACAUGUGUAUGUAUGUAUUUUAAUAUUUAGGGAACCUUUGAUUUGUAGAGUUUGUCGAAGAGACAAGAUUGGGAUUUUUUUUUGUAAAAAUUUACAUCGACCUUGCCUGAGGUUCAGGGAUAUUAUAGGAACCUCUCCUUUCGCCCGAGUUCUACAGACAGCUUGUGUCAUCCUUCCAUUGUUUGACUGUCAAAAAGUGUGGUGUUUAGGAA